AUGUCUGGAAGAUGGGUUUCAGCACUUUUCCUGCUUGUGGCAUCCUGUUUGGGUUUAGGGUCCUGUGGGAAGGUUCAGGUCUGGCCAGCUGACAACAGCCACUGGAUUGAUAUUAAGUCCUUUUUGCAAGAACUCACAGACCAUGAAGGCACUGUCACCUUGUGGCCCUGCUUUCAGACUGUUGAUCCGACUAAGCCUUCCCCUUUCAGCUUUGAGAUGAUUAUGGUGCCAAUCACCAAGGAGGAAAUGAGAUCCCUAACAGAAGACUUCCUCCAGCUGCACCACUGCAAAAUGUCUAGGGUUUCCUAUUGGGGCUACUUUUCCAGGCUGUUUGACAUUACAACAAAGUUCAUAUCCAGAAGCAAACUGAUUUGUGAUGAGCUCACUGGGAACAAGGAGCGGAUGAAGAAACUUAGAGGGGCUGCCUUUGAAGUGGUCUUGGCAGAUCCCAUUUUCCCGUGCUCUGAUCUAGUGGCAGAACAGCUCGGCAUCCCUUUCAUAUACACUUUCCGCUUCUCUACCAGCAACACAGUAGAGCGGAGCUGUGGGGGGAUCCCAGCCCCAGCUUCAUAUGUUCCUGCUAGUGUGAGUGGUCUGACAGACCACAUGUCCUUUAUGGAGAGGAUGAAGAGACUCUUUUACACACUCUGUGAUGUUCUGUUUCACCAGGUUUUCUGGAGAGAAUGGAAUCAGUUUUACAAUGAUGUUUUAGGUAAGGCAGCUCUUAUUGGCCUUAGUUAUGUCUAUGGAGUAACACAAAAAGUAAGACCAAGUUUGGAGAAAGGAAGUGCUAUCCAAUGGUCAGGGGGAUUAGCCUGGGUCUCGGGGCACCUGGUUUCAACUUUCUGCUCUGCUACAGAUUUCCUAUGUGAUCCCAGAGAAGGCCAUUAGAAGUUGUGCACAAAAAAGUGUAUUGCCUUAGCUAUCCCUCUGUGGCAAAGGGGACCACAGCUAUAUACCAAUGUAAAGCUAAACUAAUAUAGCUCAGGGGUGUCAAACUCAACUGUCCUCCUAGGCUUGAUCCAGGCCCAGUGACAGCAGCAAAACAAGCAGCAGCAGCGGGGGUGGUGGGGCAAGUGGCAGCAGUACAGGUAUUAGUGCGUUUAUCCUUUGCACUCCUGCCAUCAGCACGAGCCCUUUGGGACUCCAUUGCUGGAAACUGAGCAGCGGAGCCACCUUUACCCCAUAUUCCUAGUCCCUUUACUGGUCCUAACUAUAAAUUUGUUAUAAUUUUUCAUAUCUGGA